GAAUCAUAAAGUAAAUGAAAGCAUUUAUACCCGGUGGGUGGCAAGUUCUCUCUCUCUCUGCAGCCUGUACACUACUAGUCUUGGUCAAAUUACUUGCUAAGAAAGAUAUUUCGGUCCGUACUUUAAAUAAAAAGGAGAGCCACGCUAAUUGAAGCCAUUGGCUUCUUCAAUAUUCCUUAAACUCGAGUCAUUGCGAAUAUCAUCCGAAGAUCGAUCAAUUUGUACGUAAUGGAUCGUCAGGAGGAGAGUAAGAGGUUGAACAAUUAUGGAUUUGCAGCAGGUCGAGGCUUAAUCAAUGUCGUAUUCUCUUGGUCACUUGAGGAUGUUCUCAAUGCAAAGCUUUACGAAAAUCAGGUGACAAAGAUUCCUGAGACAUUUUCUACCACGACGAGUUACAUUACAUCUUUCAUUCCUUCACUUGUUGAGGAAACACAUGCUGAUCUACUAUCAAGCAUGACAAAUCUAUCAAAGGCGCCUACUUGCGAAAUUCUGACUGUUACAGCUUCUGGGAAUCGUGGACCUCCUAAAGACUUGUUUUAUGACGUUACUUGUGUAGGAACGUAUGUGCCAGAGGUUGGAGAUCUUAUUGCCUUGACUAAUAUUAAACCAAAACGUGUUGAUGAUUUGAACAGGUCCAGAAAUUCAUAUCUCAUUGCGUAUGUUCAUCAAAUUAGAGACAAUAAUCUCUCAUUACUCUCGUCAAAGGAUAUCGAUACAAGAGGAUACAUGAAUGCUGCGGGAAAGAGGGAAACAAUGUUUGCUGUCCAUCUGAUGAACAUGACAACAAAUAUUCGUGUAUGGAAAGCCUUGAAUUCAGAUGACGCCGCAAAUACAAAUCUAAUUAAGACUCUGUUGCAAGUGCAACCCAGUUCAUCACAUGGUGGGAGUUCAUGUACAAUUUGCUUUUCUAAGGAAAAGUGCUUCGUUUCCCUUUCGCCUAAAUGGCCAGAAAUGUGGUGUGAUCUAAAUGAAUCCCAAAAAGCUGCAGUUUUAAACUCCAUCAGUUUGAGUAAAUGCCAACACCAAAAUUCCAUCAAUCUAAUAUGGGGCCCUCCCGGGACUGGGAAAACGAACACAGUCGGCAUCUCACUCUUUGCCCUCUAUAAGUUCAAGUGCAGAACACUAACAUGUGCCCCAACCAAUAUCGCUGUGUUAAAAGUUACAGAUCGACUCGUGAAGUUGGUUAACCAGUCUCUCGAGUAUGAUAAGUAUGGGCUUGGGGACAUAAUUCUGUUCGGGAAUGAUAAGCGAAUGAAGAUUGGUAGUUGUAAUGAUCUUUGUGAGGUAUUUCUUGAUAGGCGUAUUAGGAUUCUGACCAAGUGUUUUACCCCUUGGAGUGGAUGGAAUCAUUGGUUAGAAUUGAUGAUAAGUUUACUUGAGAAUCCAGAGGAGAAGUACUCAUUGUACAUAAAGGAAAAAAAGAAGCAUGACGAGCAACAUAAAGAAAGUGAAAACAGCAACUCAUCAAAUAAUGAUGAGAACAGCUUUCUGACACUUGAGAAGUCUGUGAAGGAAAAACACAUUAAGGAUGACAAGCAUGAUGAAGAGAGUGAAAAUAGCAGCUCACCAAGUGAUGAUAAGAAUGGUAUUCUGACAUUUGAGGAGUCUGUGAAGGAAAAACACAUUAAGGAUGAUGAGCAAGAUGAAGAGAGUGAAAAUAGCAACUCAACAAGAGAUGAUAAGAAUGGUAUUCUGACUUUUGAGGAGUCUGUGAAGGAAGAACACAAUAAGGAUGAUGAGCAAGAUGAAGAGAGUGAAAAUAGCAACUCAACAAGAGAUGAUAAGAAUGGUAUUCUGACUUUUGAGGAGUCUGUGAAGGAAGAACACAAUAAGGAUGAUGAGCAAGAUGAAGGGAGUGAAAAUAGCAACUCAACAAGAGAUGAUAAGAAUGGUAUUCUGACUUUUGAGGAGUCUGUGAAGGAAGAACACAAUAAAGAUGAUGAGCAAGAUGAAGAGAGUGAAAAUAGCAACUCAACAAGUGAUGAUGAGAAUGAUUUUCUGAAGUUUGAGGAGUUUGUGAAGGACAGGUUUGAUUUCAUUGGUGAGCAUUUGAAAGUUUGUAUGGCAAAUUUGUACACUCACUUGCCAACAUCUUGCAUUUCACUUGAGGUGGUGAAAGACAUGAUCAGAGUUGCAGAGUUGCUUAAGUCGAUUCAAUCUAUAUUUAGUUGUGCUGGUGUUGCUAAUGAGCAGUUAAAAUUACUUCAACAAGAUUGCACUCGUACUCUCAAGUCACUUCGUGCGUUUGCUGUUCCAAAUUCAAAUGAUGCACAAACAAUAAGAAAUUUGUGCCUGGCAAAGGCUUGCCUAAUAUUUUGUACCGCAUCAAGCUCUGCCAGACUGCAUACAGAAGGAAUGGUGCCCCUGGAAUUGUUAUUCAUUGAUGAAGCUGCUCAGCUUAAAGAAUGUGAGUCAAUUAUUCCAUUACAACUAUCAGGUCUUCGCCAUGCUAUUCUCAUAGGAGAUGAGAAGCAACUCCCUGCAAUGGUUAAAAGCCAGAUCUCCGAGGAGGCUGAAUUUGGAAGAAGUUUGUUUGAAAGACUUGUACUGUUGGGACACGAGAAGCACCUUCUCGAUGUCCAGUACAGGAUGCAUCCUUCAAUCAGCUUGUUUCCGAAAAUGGAGUUUUACGACAAUCAGAUAUUAGAUGGUCCAAAUGUCAAUGAAACGAGCUACAACAAGUGCUUCCUUGAUGGAAAAAUGUACGGAUCCUACUCAUUUAUAAACAUAGCAAAUGGGAAAGAAGAACGUGAUCGCGUGCGUAGUCUGAAAAACGUGGCUGAGGUUGCUGUGGUUUAUGAGAUAGUUUCUAGCCUUUACAAAGAAUUCACUCGCACAAAAAUGAAGGUUAGUGUUGGGGUAAUAUCACCUUACACAGCUCAAGUUAAUGCAAUUCAAGAGAGAGUCAAAGAGUAUAGUGAAGUUUCGACUGGCUCAGACUUCUCCGUAAGCGUGCGAUCUGUUGAUGGAUUCCAAGGUGGUGAAGAGGAUUUGAUAAUUAUAUCCACUGUCAGAUGUAAUAGAAAGGGCUCUGUGGGAUUCCUCUCCAAUCAUCAACGAGCAAAUGUGGUUCUAACACGCGCAAGGCAUUGUCUUUGGAUACUGGGGCACGAAUCGACCUUGAUUAACAGUAACUCAAUUUGGAAGAAGCUAAUUCUAGACGCGAAGAAACGAGAAUGUUUUUUUAAUGCUGAUGAGGAUGAGAAGUUGGCUCAGGCUAUUGCCGCAGCUCAAUCGAGUUGCAAUGAAGAUGAUCCAAUCGAGCUCCUUGCAAGACCAAUUUCUUCACUCAGACUGACUGAUCGGACAGCUGAAACAUCAACUCCAACUUACAGGAAUAAUUUUCGGCGCGGGGUUGGGUCCAACAGAGUGAUUAGGUGAUGACUAAAGAGUGCAGAGCAGCUGCAGCAGGUGUUGUGCGUAGCUCCAGGACGGAAGUAGUAGCCAUUACACAUUUUAUGAUUUGGGAUGAUCGUCGUCAUUCUCAGAUGUAAAGUAGUAGAACUUUAUAUUUUAUCUUUCGUCGCUUGAUGUUGCAAUUCAACGAACAAAACAGUUAUUAUCGAAGUAUACUAGAUAAUAAGCCUGAGCUUGCGGGAA